CGCGGGCACCCAACCGUGCGUCGCCUGCGUGCUGACGUCAAGUGCGUGCCCCUGUCCGGCAGUCGAGGAGACCCCGCGCAGUGCUGCCAACGCCCGGGCGGAGAAGCUGAGGUCAACAUCGAAUUUGAAAUAUUUAAAGUGGAUACAAAACUAUUUCAGCAAUGCAGACAAUUAAGUGUGUUGUUGUGGGUGAUGGUGCCGUUGGUAAAACAUGUCUCCUGAUAUCCUACACAACAAACAAAUUUCCAUCCGAAUAUGUACCGACUGUUUUUGACAACUAUGCAGUCACAGUUAUGAUUGGUGGAGAGCCAUAUACUCUCGGACUUUUUGAUACUGCAGGGCAAGAGGAUUAUGACAGAUUACGACCGCUGAGUUAUCCACAAACAGAUGUAUUUCUAGUCUGUUUUUCAGUGGUCUCUCCAUCCUCAUUUGAAAAUGUGAAAGAAAAGUGGGUACCUGAGAUAACUCACCACUGUCCAAAGACUCCUUUCUUGCUUGUUGGGACCCAAAUUGAUCUCAGAGAUGACCCUUCUACUAUUGAGAAACUUGCCAAGAACAAACAGAAGCCUAUCACCCCGGAGACUGCUGAAAAGCUGGCCCGUGACCUGAAGGCUGUCAAAUAUGUGGAGUGUUCUGCACUCACACAGAAAGGCCUAAAGAAUGUAUUUGACGAAGCAAUAUUGGCUGCCCUGGAGCCUCCAGAACCGAAGAAGAGCCGCAGGUGUGUGCUGCUAUGAACAUCUCUCCAGAGCCCUUUCUGCACAGCUGGUGUCGGCAUCAUACUAAAAGCAAUGUUUAAAUCAAACUAAAGAUUAAAAAUUAAAAUUCGUUUUUGCAAUAAUGACAAAUGCCCUGCACCUACCCACAUGCACUCGUUUGAGACAAGGCCCGUAGGUAUGGCCCCCCCCUUCCCCUCCCAGUACUAGUUAAUUUUGAGUAAUUGUGUAUUGUCAGGAAAGUGAUUAGUACUAGUUUCUGUUUUGUUGUUUCAAAAAAAAAUUUAAAAAAAAAUUUUUUUUUUUUGUUUAAAAGCAAGGCAUGCUUGUUGAUGACUCUGUUAACAGACUAAUUUGAAUUGUUGAAGCUGCUCCCUGGUUCCACUCUGGAGAGUAAUCUGGGACGUCUUAGUGUUUUUUUUUCCUUUUUUGGGGGGACUGUGGGGAAUUCGUUUUAUUUAGUCUUGUUUUUUAAUUCAUUAAUCAGUGGAUAGCCCUUGAGGGGAGGAGGAUGGAUUGAUUCCACAUUCCACUUCCUAGAUCUAGUUUAGAAAGCAUGUUCCCCACUUGGUGCUCUUAGGAAGGAGUAUAGUAAAUGCCUCAUUUAAUAACAUACUCCUUUUUGAAAGUUGCCUUUCUCUCCACCCUUGAGUAGGUCCAGUAUUUGAUGAAACUCAUGAAAGUGGGUGGAACCUGUCCUGCCCCUCCUCUUUUCUAGGAUGCACUAUGUAUGUGACUGUGACUUUCAAGGAAAUUUGUUUGCCAUUUACUGAUUUUUUUGGAAGUUAAUUUCUAACUUCUUUUACUGAUAAAUGAAGAAAAGUAUUGCACCUUUUGAAAUACACCAAAUGAAUUGAGUUCGUAAUUAAAAAGAAAUUUUUUUCCCUGUCAGUCAUUGUCUAAUAUGCUUAGCUUAGAUGUGCAGUUUAAUAGUGUAUGAUAUGGUGUUCCUAGAACACAGCCGAAGACCUGGUGUAUAGAGGAAAUAUGAGGGGUGGUGCUAGCAGACAGAUGUCUAUGGAAUGAUUCACAUCCUCUUUCAAGUGAUGGGGAUGGAGGCCUGCUUCAUUAAGAAGCUAGGGGUGGGGGUGGGGGUGGGGAGAACAUUUAACAACAUGGGGACCAGUCAGGGGAAUCCCCUUAUUUCUGUUUUACGUAUGAGGAACCCUAGAGCAGCCAGUUGAAGCUCUCUAGUUUAAUAAAAAUCAUGGGAAGAGUCUUAUGAAGACUCUUCAUAAGUGUUAAUAGGGAUUUUAUUGGCUUAUUUUGGUUGCAGUUUCCAGUUUUUUUAAAUGGUUAGGUAAUCUUUUUCCACCUUCCCAAAAUCCUAAUUCUUGUAGAUUCAUUAGUGUUCAACCAGUGCUUUCUCAUGUCUCAAUUCUUUGUAUAUGCAUUCUUUUCAGAUGUAUUAAACAAACAAACAAAAAAAAUCCUUUACAAGCCA